AUGCAAAAGUCUAUUGUCUCCUUUUUUUGGCCCACGGAUUUGCUGAAUCCUGUGUCUGACCACAAUCUGGUUGUCGUUGGAUACAAGCUCAAUAGCCAAAUAGUGGUGAUUGACUAUAUUGAGUAUUCAAACUUUAAAAAGCUCAACUUAAAAAUCGAGAAAAACAACCUCUGUCUAGAGAUUAUCGGCAUAGUCAACUUCCAUCAUUUGAACUAUAGAAACUUCAAGUUUGAUGAUCGCACAAAUAAGCCUGUCAUGGAAUCGCAUGAGAACCUCAUUCUUUUCAAGCCUCCCCUAUCCAAAAAACUAGAAUAUUACUCCAUUAACCCAAUCUCCGUGGAUAUUUUCUGGACUGUGACGCCACAGGAUGUGCUCCCUUGUUCUAGAACAGCACCUAACAAAUUGGGCUUGCAUUUUGGUACUCCAUCGAAAACCAGAGACCUCGAAGAUGUCAUGAAAUUCAUCAAUCUCACAGAGUAUACAAGAUACAAACUUUUACAAUCCCACAAAACUAAAACUUCACUGUAUACAGACACCAUCGGUCAUUGUAUCAACUGGAUUGGCUCCUUUGUGCUCCUUUUGUAUUGUGCAGCUUUUCGACCUUUUUGCAAAAUACUAAUCAGCGUUUUAAGCUAUCCGCUAUGGUUCAAUCCAGAAACCAAGACAUAUGUCACUCCAUCAACUUGCAGCUUUGUACUUCACCAGCUCACCUUCAGAGCAAAGCAGUUUCACCACCUUCCUAUACAAUUUCAAAGGCUGCGAAACUCCAAUUAUGAAACCGAGAAGUUGUUAAUAAAAGGGACUAGAUUCUCUCCCAGUGAGUACAUCAAAUUCUACAAUUCACUUUGGCUGAUACUGGAUGACUUGCUGAUGGGUAUUAUAGUGUCAAAUUUGUUGUCCAAAUAUCACAACCUAUUGGUUCAGGGAACGAAUGCACUGAUCUUGAAAUUUGAAGACUCGCUACUAUACCUAGUCAAAUGGCUCAUGAAUUUCCCUGGUGGCUUUAAGCUGAACAAUGAACUUGCCGAAUUCUUCGGAGAGCUCUUCAUGUGGGUGCUGGACUUCUGGAAUGAAUAUGUACUCCGAACAAUCUUGAACAAUUCGUCCACUAUCAUUCGAGCUAUUACAUUGCUAGUCAACUUUGGCGGACUUAGCAUGCUCAUUGCUUCCAUUAUGGACCUGCUAGAUUUAAUGAGUUUGCACUUGCGCUGUUUCUAUUUUGCCUCAACUCGUGUGUUCAAUUGGCAAUGGCAUAUCAUACAGUCUCUUUUUAGACUAUUCUACGGGAAAAAGUACAAUAUUUUGAGGAAUAGAAUUGACUCGCAUAACUAUGAGUUUGACCAGUUGCUUUUCGGUAUCAUUAUAUUCACCCUUUUGGUCUACUUGUUGCCUACAGUGGUUGCGUUUUAUUUGAACUUUGCAGUCAGUCGGCUUCUCACUCUCUUCCUUCAUACUGCUCUGGAAUUUGUUCUGGUCACGCUUAACCAUCUACCAAUAGUGGUUCUUCUUCUCAAAGCCAAACAUAAAGAAAGACUGCCCGGAGGUGUUAUUUUCGAGUGCCGAACUACAGUCAAUGACACACACUAUUUCCAGCUAAUGGCCCGACCCCUGAGCUUGAAGGAAAUCAUCUAUAGCCACAUCAGGUCGAUGAUGAUCUUCAAUCUCAACAAUCUCCAAGAGUUACAGCGCGAUGGCUCCAAAGCUAACAUUCAAGAUGUCGUUAAUCAAUGGAACCAUGUAUCACUGGUCGGAGUACUUAAAAACAUUGCAUUGGGGAACUUCAUACACAGCUUCGAUUAUAAAAGACUGUUUUAA